AUGUCAGUGGGCGACUUGAACUUUACGACGGCCAAGCCGUUAGACGUCAACAGGUAUGCAACCAAAAAAACCAUUGCUCAGGGGAUGUUGGACAUCGCCUUAUUGACGGCCAACGCGAACCAACUGAAAUACAUCCUCCAAGUGGGCGAGAAGCACGAGUUCUACAAGCCUCUGUUGGUACUGAUAGCUACGUCUAUAUUUUUACAAGUGUUCAUGGGAAUGAUAUUUCUAUCACUAAACCUGCUUCGGGACUGUCGUUUCCAUUUGAUCGAGUACAAGACGUCGUCGCUGUUCAUCAACCAAGUUCCGGUCGUGUGCACGUUUAUGGUGUUCACGAUCAACAUAAUAAUAGGAGCUUUCGAUUCCGGGCUAGCCAGCAUCGUACCGACAUCAACGUUCAACGCGCCGUCCAUCCCGCCCAUCGGGUCAAAUUGA